UUAUUGACAUUUUUGUCACUUUUGUCACCGUUUCUCAUAUUUUCCUGUUUAGGCCAGUUGCUCUAGUAGGAAUUGACGUUAAAAUAUCGUAAAUAUGCCUGGAAUACUAUAAAUUAAUCAAAAUUUGACCGCCAUAAGUUUACUUUAGUGUGUGCUUCUAGUUCUUAGCUGUUUUAUUAUUAUAAUGGACGCCAAACGGAAAUUAUCUACCCAAGGUGACUCCCUCUAUGAAAUCUUAGCUCUACCAAAAACCGCUUCCGGAGAAGAGAUCAAAAAGACCUACAGACGAUUGGCACUAAAAUACCAUCCGGACAAGAACCCGGACAAUCCGGAGGCCGCAGAGAAGUUUAAAGAAGUCAAUAGGGCCCAUUCAAUACUUAGCGAUGCAACGAAGAGAAACAUCUACGACAACUACGGUUCCCUCGGUUUGUACAUUGCGGAACAAUUUGGCGAGGAGAACGUUAACGCUUAUUUCGUGGUUACUUCUACAUGGUGCAAGGCUCUGGUGACAAUAUGCGGGAUCAUAACCGGAUGUUACUGUUGCUGUUGCUGCUUCUGUUGUUGCUGCAACUUCUGCUGCGGCAAACUGAAACCCCGACCGCCCGAGGAUACCGGUGAUUAUCACACUCUAAAUCGGGACGGUGGACCCAGUUCGGAACAACCGGGAUUGAGGCAACCAGGUAGAAUACGGGCCGACGGCAGUGACGAGGACGCAGGUCCGGGAUUGGGGGGCGGAUCGCCGCCGGUGACGAGUCAACCGUCGCCGAGUCGGGGGGCGCCGACGACGACGACGUUCGCGAUGCCCGCGCCCCCCGGCCCCGCCGGCGAGAGCGCCGCACUGAACACAGGUGACGUACCCGUUUAUACGCCGGAUUUAAAGUAAAGCACGGCCCCGUGUUUUAUAUUAUUAUUGCAGAUAUGCGAGGCCAGGCCCAGUGGUGAACGCCGCCCUCACCACCCCCCUCGCCUACUCGAGGCUAAGGUUAUUAGGAAUUUAUUUAACAAAUUUACGAAAAAUCAAUCACCCGUUUGCCUAGUCAACGUAAGAACCGUGUGUUAGAAGGGGUUGUUUUUUUAGGUGAGAGAGGGGUCUCGUUUUAUUCCGGAUUCAUUUAUUUUUUUGUACUGAUGCUCUAUAAGGGAGAUUUCACUUCAAUAACACUGGUAACAGCCAUUUCGACGCAGCAACUAUCUAACUUGAACACUAUUAAUUAAAUUUAUUAACGAUUGUGACAUUGAAAGUGGUUAUAAUAAACAUACGAAUUCAAUGUAAUUUUGAAAUAGAGUUUAAUAAUUUAAAAACAAAACAUCACCAGAGUAAAUGAGGUGUCGUUCCAAACCUUUUUUUUUUGUAUACCUGUGUAAUAAAUAAUCAAGAUAUGUUUUAAUUAAUUUAAAGAAAUAUUACAGGUUUCAUAGUGAUGAACCUCACAACAUAACUAGUAUUAUUUAAUAAUGAAGUGCAAGGAGAAUAAAGGAAAGUAGAUCAUACAUUACAUUGAAAACGUUUAUCUUUCAUGGUUUUUAAAAAUCCUCUCCGAAUAAAACGAAACCCCUCAAGUCCUAUUAGCCUUAAGUAAUUAUUUUUUUGUCCGUAAGUGUAUUUAAUUUUAGAUCCCGAGUUACCCUGUGGACAGGUAGCUCGUUAUCGGCAUCGGUUAGUACCCAUUAUAUUUAUGAUAAUUAUUACUGUAUGUAUAAUAGCUUAAUUUUAUAAUUUUUAUCUGUGGUAAUUUUACUUUUAUGAUUUUUUUUUGGCGUGCAGCAACAGUUUUUCUAAUGUUCUUCUAUUCGACAGGUAUCGUUUGUAAUAUUCGUACUGAUUAUUCCCAAGCAACACACAAUAAAUUGCUUUGCACCAGAUGUAGAUAUUUGGUUGAACUUAAACUACAAAUAUGGGAUGAAGCAAUUAUUAUUUCAUAAAAGUAAGAACGUUUAGGUAUGGUAUAUUGUAUCCUAUUUGAUGGUGUUCAUGAAAUGUUUUUUUAAUGGAAUGGGAUUAAAUGUUUUGUAAAAUUAUUUAAUACAAAGUUUUAUGCAUCAGGGAGCAUUUUUCAACGUACAAAUUAAAAAAGAAAUUAAUUUUUACCAAUGACGUUCAUAUCCACAUCACUGCAUUUUUCUAAAAUAAAUCAUACAUUUUUUAAAUCCUUGUUUAGUUUUGAGCAAAUUUGUAUUCUUGAGCUUUUUUUAAUUUGUAUUUCUUAUUUGUUAUAAUUAUUGUUUUAUACACGUUAAUGCAUUUCCUAUUUUUUUUUUAAAUUUCUUUGUGUAUGAUAUUCUGUUAUUACAACUAUAAGAUGAAAUACGUGUAUGAAAAGUAUAUCGUAUCCUACACAGUGGCAUAUACAUAAUAUGUGACGUCGUGGUGAUUUUAUCACAUAUUUGAGGUGUGUCAAUUUUUUUAAAUGCCGAAAUGUUCUCCCUUUUGUAAACAGAGUCGUAUAUGAUAUACGUAUAUUCUAGAGUUAUAUAUAAAUAUACCUUGACCAUAUAUGGUUAAUAAAUAGGGUCAAUUGGGGUAAUUGUGGACGAUAUUUAAUGUUUUGACUUGAUAAACGAUUUUUGUGGACAUCACGCAUCACGUCACGUAGCUCAUAGUAUCUUCUUUGAUAAUUACUUGUGAUUUUCUGUAAUUACAUGUCACAUUAAGAUAAAAAAAAAUAUAUUCAACAUGCUUGUCCGUUUACAUUUGCCCCUACUCUUUAGGGGCAAGCAUCUCUUGACACAUUUACUCUACCAGAAAAAAACCUGGGGCAAAUGUAAACGAACUAUAUAAAGUCGCUGUGUAGCAAAAUAUUUUUUGAUAUAAGUCGUGUUUACAUUUACCCCAAAAUAAUGUGACCUUAAAGGUUUUGCUUGCAAUAUAAAUGAAAAAUCGAGAUAAAAAUAAAUAUUUUCCAACAGUUCUGUUUACUUUAACUAAAACUAAUCUAUUUUUGAGAACGCUAAUAAAAGAAAUUUAUUCUAAGUAUGUAAUUAUAAUAUUAUUAUAGGUAUAAAACAUGAGUUUUGCUCAUAAACAGGAACUAUUGCUGGAAAGUUGUAUAGUAUUCUCUCUCCCUUCAUUUGAAUGCCAGGAUCGGGAAGCACACCAAUGAUUUAAUUCAAGGUUAUAUAACUGACAUCAGUUUCAACGAUGUUGAAAAGCAUUUUUGAUGCAUCCCAGGAUUUAAGACCAGUCACUUUGAUUUCCGUUAAUUUUCAUCCACAGCUUCAAUUAAACACACUUAUUUAAAAAGAGUAGUCUUUCUCUUUCCACCUUUGAACUGCACAAGAAUAAAUUUCCCUGUAGACAAGUCUGAACUCUCGACUGUUUUAAGCUCUAUAUCUUGUUUUUCCGGUUCCGCCCAAUCUAUUUUAUCAUCAGUAUCACCUAGACUUAUUUCUCCAUCAGUACUUUCCGACUCUGCAACUGGUCCUUUAUUUUUCUUCUUCUCUUAGUCUUUCCAAGACUUGGUUGGUUGUUAAUACCUCUCCAUAUCUUUGUUGCUUUAAUCUCGGUACGACUUGUUUUUUCUCUUCAACAAUAUCUUCACGGCGGCUGAGUGGCAAGAAAAUGUUGGUAAUUUCUGUCGAUUCACUGACUAUGGAUAGAUGCCACUAAUAAUUUUUGGUAGUCAGUGAUUGUGUGUGAUAGUGUUGAUGCAGAAGGCUUCUGUCACUGAUGACGCUGAAUGAUGUUGACUACAACAUGAUCGGCAUUUGAUCGUCGACUGUGGGUAGAAGUGGGUUUGGUUCAGAAAUUGCAACAACAGUUGAUUUAGAGGAUUCUGGUUGGAUAAUAAUAGCAUCGGAUGUUACAGAUUUCGGAGCUUUGAGGGCAGCUUCGUAUUUGGCCAAGUCUUCUGGUGUCAAUUCAUUUUGUGGGAGUUUGUUUCGAUUAACUGGGUAUACGCCAGUAUUUUUAAAUCCAGAUAUAAUAUUGCUAGAAACCAUAGACUCUUGCCAAGUAAUGCCAAGUAAGGCUCGGAAUCAAACUCGGUUUAUUCGAAUAUUCAAAUAUCGAGUUUUUGCAAAAAAAAUUAUUCAUUUCAACAAAUAUUCGAAUAUUUGAAUACUCGAAUAUUUGCAUAUUCGAUCAUUUGAAUAUUCAAGUAUUCAAAUAUUUGAGUAUUUAAAUACUCGAAUAUUUAAAUAUUGCAGGCCUCUAUCGUUCUUGGGAACAUUUAAUAUUUCCACUUUCCAGAUUUCCACGUGGCACGGCACGGCGUAGUUGUACUAGUUGUAUUUGACUCUGGUUGUGUAUAAAAGCGGACGAUUAAGUACUGUAUAAGGAUUAAUUUUAAAUUAAUUGACUUAAUUAACAGUAAGUCUAGUAGUAAGUCAAUAUGAGUUCGAAAAGCAAAAUUUGGCAAUAUUUUAAUGUCAAGAACACGACAGGAACAAGCAAUUUAUGGAAUCACUUAAGAAAUAAGCAUCAUUCACAAAUCAUUGUGUAAGUAUCUCUUGCUCGAUUUGAGUGGUUUGACCACUAAAAUGUAUUAGUAAUUAGUAUUACUGUAAUUAGUAUAUUAAAAAAGCUGGAUAGAAGGCGACUGGAAAAAAUCGAUUCGCACCGCACUAAAAAGUUUCAAUGUCCCUAUUUUUUUUAUAAGUUUACACAGAAGCUUGGAAUUGAUCGUAUUUUUAUUAAUACACAUUAGACAAAACAAAAUAAACGUUGAAACUCCCAUACUAAUUGUAACUUGCGCUCUAUUACCGUUUAAGUGUGAAAUUUUGGUAUUUCUUGAGAAAAAUGCAAAAAUUUCCAUAAAAAAUUUAUAAACAAAUUUCGACCUACACAUAUUUAGCUUAAAAUGUUUCAAAUUAAGUCAGCUAUCACCCCCUUAAAGGAUUGCAUGUAGCUUCCGACACCCUGUAUAAUUCUGCCCAUACUAAAAGUCUGUAUCUUUGAAUUGACUGAGUUGAAUAUGAUGUCACUUUUAUCUAAAAUUUAUAAAAUAGACGUUAAGUAUGUAUAUGCGAAUUAAAAUUUCGUCAAGGUAUAUCCCAAGAUAUUUUGUAUGAGAGGUUUCCUUUAUUCAAAUAUAUCUAUUAAUUACUCAAGUAUUCAAAUAUAUUCGAAUAUUUGUAUGAUUAUUCGAAUAGUGAAUAAUUCAAAUAUUCAAAAAAAAAAAAACGAAGUGAGUAUUCGAAUACAUAAUUUUCCAAAAUUCCGAGCCCUAAUGCCAAGUAAUUCGGUAAAUUUUUCCUUAGUUAGCCGUCCACACCCUCGUCCCAUUUGUUCCCUACCAAACUUCACCAAUUAUUUAUUCCAGUUCACCUUUAAGGGUCCGAAGACACACUUGUCCAAAGGCUGAAGCUUAUCCGUAAGAUGGCUUGGAAACUUUAAUCAAAAUAAUAUUGUUGUGCAUUGCCUCUUCAAUAAUUCUGACGCUCAUAUGACUGCUGUGACCAUCAUACAACAGUAGAGCUUUUGGGAAGUUCUUAAAUCUUUAAUGUGAGGUAUAAACCCUGUCGUAAAUCACUGGAAAAAUUGCGGCUCCUCCAUCCAUCCAUUAGUGGAGGCCGCAUAUAGAGUUCGCGCUAUUGGAAGUCCAACAAGCCUGAACUCCAGUUCCCUUGAAUACGAUGAGCGGUGGAAGUGCUUUUCCAUCGGCAGAAACACAUUCUAAGACUGUCGUCGACUCUCUUCCAGAGCCUCCAGAUAUCCGGCACAGGGCCGUUCCUUUCUCUCCAAUUGCCCUAAUACGAUAGGGAUCAUUAUUAAAACCUGACUCGUCAGCAUUAAAAAUAAAGCUUCCUUUAUCAUCUAAAUUAUUUUCAUCAAUGAUUCUUUUCAGGUCAUCAAAAAAAUGGUAGAGGAUUUUAGGUUUUCUAGAAUCCUUCCGCAGUUUUUGCAAAUGUUCCGGUUUCUUAAGAGACAGUUCAGGAUGUCUUCUGAUGAAUGAGUAGUACCAGUCUUCUCUUGGUACUCCAUUCAAACAUACUCUCCAACCAGUUGUCUAAGUUCUGCUUUGUCACAUGGUAGACCCAUCGCAGUACGUACUAAUAAACAUUUCACUAUUUCAUUUUCGAUAUCUGACGAUAAAACUUGGGAACGUCCACCCUUUGUCACAUUUAAUGGAGUCUUUCUUCCUCCUAUCCUUUGGUAAAUAACUGAUCUGGGAACACUAUAGAACGUUUCUGCUUGACGGCAACGGCAUUCGCAACAUCUUCAGUUAUAUAAGAAGGUGCUUCUUUUUUCCUUAUAAAGUCCUCAUAAGUACGAGGCAUCUUUACACUGCAACAAGACAAAGAAAUUACUCAUUUUACAUAAAUUAUCGGCGAGACACUAAUUUUAUUAUGUUUACAACUACUCCAAAAGUGUGUAUACAUUUCCCCCAAGAACAAAUUUAUUAGGGGGAAAUGUAAACACAUUUUAGUGAUUAUAAAAUUUGUCGACAGACAUUUAGGCGUAAAAUAGACACAAUGGUAUAAAAAUGUCCAAAUGAAAUAUCUAACUUACCUCGAUGAUUUGCAUUCGAAAACUUCAGUGCCGAAAUUCAACAUAAAACCACCAAACACGUCAAAUUGCAUCAGCCAACUAAUGCAAGAAGAGCACAAACAGGUUCGCCCGACGUCGGCACGACUCGAAUAGUGAGCUUCGCGCCAAAUUUGAAAUCUAAAUGUUGUUGUGUUUCUUAUUUUAGAUGUGUCUACAAUUACCCCAGUUUACAUUUACCCCAAUUGACCCUAUACCAAUAGUUACGUUUUUCAAAUUUUACUCGAAAAUCUUAAGGUUAUGUGAUAAGAGUAGAGAUACAAAAACUAUCGAUUUUUUUAUCAGGCAAUUAUUUUUUGCAAAAAAAAAACGUUUUCCAUUAGCCCUAUCCUUACCCCCCCACCCACCCCACACUGCUUACCAGUAAAAUAUUGUUUUACAAAAUCAUUGUCCUCUAAAAAUACCUAUAAAUAAGAGCUGGUUUCGUAAUAUCUAAUUUAAUAACACUGUUUUUUUUUUUUUAAUUUAAAUUUAAUAUAAUUAUAAAUUAUAUAUAUUAAUAAAUAUUUAAUAUAAAAACAGCGCUAUUAGAUUGGAUAUUAUGAAUGAAAAACCGUGAUGAUUCAAAAGAAUUUCUUACUGGUAACUUGUGUGGGGUGGGUGGGGGGCUAAGGAUUGUCUUAAUGAAAAACAAUCUUUUUGCAUUAAACAUUUAAUUAAAAAAAACGGUUUAUUAAAAUUUGACAUAAUUGUAUAAAUAAACAUUUACUAUAAAAACAGCGUCAUUAUAUUGGAUAAUAUGAACGAAAACCAGUGAUUUUUUAAAAGAUUUUCAUCAAAUGUUUGAGGUGUAGUAUAUGAUAAUAUCCCUCGACCAAUAUACUUUACUAAAAAAUCGUUGAAUACAUAUAUAUUUACCAAUAAUAAUAAUAUAUGAUGUGUUGCUUGGGUUAGUUAAUAGGUGAAAAUGUAUCUGAUUAUAUAGUAUUAGUAUUUAUAAACUGGAGAAUUCCAUUCUGAUACUUAUAUAGGGCACGGUUGAAAUGAUUCGCCUCGAUUUUUGCACAUUAUAUUAUAAUAAAUAAAUAUUGUGAAUUUUUUUUUGAAUAUUAUGUAAAAACAUUAGUGGUAAGGCUUAUAUGGCUUAGAACAUGACCUAUAACUAGAAAAAUAUUUUUGAUUAAACGCUUAUUUAUUAGAUAUUUUAAUCAUAAAUAGAGUAAAAUUCAUAUCAAACCGUUUUGGUCAACAACUUCCUAAGCUUUCGGCCCUCGUUAUGUAAUAUACCAUUUUAACGAUCUGUUACUACUCAUUUAUUAAUUACACGCAAAUUAUGACCAUGGUCAAUUAUGACCAUUUUCAACGAAGUUACUGUAUAAAAAAAUGACGCCUCAUUCCACUCAAGUUAUUAAUAUUAUAUUUAAUCAAUGUUCUUCUUAAUUGUUGAAUAAUUGUAACUAUAUAAGUAAUUUAUAUUCUACCAUAGUUGAUAUAGGACUAUUAUAAUAUAUGCGUAUUUGAAAUUGAAAUAAAUAGUGAUUCUUGAGUAA